AUGAUCAGCCAGUCCUUGAUGUGGAACAAAUUCACGCAGUCCAUUCAGGAGCCCACUGGCACUCCCCCGCUACCCAACAGAUCGGCUACUGGCACACCCGUCUUCAACCCUGGCCCGCCUACAAGAGUCCUUUCCGGUGUAUACGGUGGUAGUUCUGCUGCCCCUCCUCGGCUCACACCACGAUCCUCGUCAUUAAACCUUAAUCUCUCCAACUCAUCCAAUGUAUCUCUUGUCGGAGCUGGCUCAAGGCAAGGUACUCCGGCACCUGGUGUAGUUAAUGUCGCUGGCGGAGUAGGGUAUAGAAGUGCCGUGUCAUCCAGCAAGCCCUCAGAAGGGAAGGAAGCACUGAAGAAGCUAGGCGACAUCUUAGGUUCAAAGCCUUUAACCAAUGGUAGGGUCGAGGAAGAAGAAAGCCCUCUAGCGGCACUCAGCUUGGACGAAGAUCUGGAUUUUGGGGAUUUGUCAAUAGAUACGUUCCUUCAACAAGACACUUCAAUUCCUCAGCGGACAUCGCAGGAUCAACCCGUAAUAGAGCAGACAGUUGAGGAUUAUGAAAAGGAGAAGGACAAGUUUCAGGAUCUGCAUAGAUCAAUCAAGGCCUGUGAUGAAGUGUUACAAUCCGUCGAAUCAUACCUCUCGUCCUUCAAAACCGAUCUUGGACGCGUUAGUGCGGAGAUUGAGACUUUACAGAAUCGGUCCUUAGCCCUAAAUACUAGGCUGAAUAAUCGAAAGGAUGUGGAGAAAUUACUCGCUCCAAUUUUGGAAGAUGUAGCGCUCUCACCAGCUGUGAUACAAGUGGUAGCAGAGAGCGAUGUGAAUGAAAACUGGGUUAAAAGCUUGCAAGAAGCUGACAGGAAGAUCAAGGCCUUGGACCGGCGGAAAGCCCAAAACAUCAAAGCCGCGGAGGAUGUUAAGCCAGAGCUGGAGAAGCUAACCAACAGGGCAAUCGAGAGACUAAGAGAUUACUUUGUUACAAAGAUCAAAAGCCUUAGAAUCCCGAAUACAAACGCUCAAAUUAUCCAGCAGACCGGCUUUCUGCGAUAUAAGGAGCUGUUCGGUUUCAUGGCACGACAUCACCCUCAGCUAGCAGACGAGAUAGGGCAAGCCUACAUCAAUACGAUGCGAUGGUACUACCUGUCUCACUUCCAACGCUAUCAAAAAGCGCUGGAAAAGAUCAAACUACACAUCAUCGAAAAGAGUGAUCUUUUGGGCUUAGAGGAUACAAACAGGAGAGGCCCCCUGCUACCGGGAAUGAAGGCAUCGGUUCCGUCUUCUGUCGAUGCAAUCACAUUAGGCCGGCGAUUCGAUACCUACAAGAACCAGGAUGCGCCAUUGGUUCAGGCUCAAGCAGCUGAGGAUGAGAAAGGGAGCCACUACAUCGAACUCCCCUUCCGGUCGUACAACCUCGCUCUAGUAGAAAACGUUGCUUUCGAGUUCACCUUCCUUACAGAAUUCUUCGCUCAUAAAAAGUUCGACCAAGUAUCGAAGAUGUUUCACCAAAUCUUCGAUCCCACACUAAACGCUGGGCAGGCGUUCACGAAAUCAUUAAUCGACAAUAGCCUCGACGCUCUUGGUAUCCUCCUUUGCGUCAGGUUAAAUCAACAAUGCGCGUUCGUCUUACAAAGGAGGCGAGUGCCAGUGUUGGAGAACUAUAUCAACGGGACAAAUAUCUUACUUUGGCCACGAUUCCAGGUGGUUAUGGAUAUGCAUAGCGAGAACUUGAGAAAAUCAGCAGGAGGUUCAGGGAGGCAAUCGGCCAUUGCGACAGCGGCGAACGAUAUGGCCAGACAGAGUGCGGCUCCGCACCCUUUGACGCAGAAAUUUGCACAGUUUAUGCACUCACUGUUGUCGUUGAAUUCGGAUGGAGGCGAUGAUGAGCCAUCUACAAAUAGUUUACGGAGGAUACGAAGUGACUUUGAGGCAUUCUUAACCAAGCUCAGUGCGAGUAUAUCAGAUAAGCCGAAACGGGAACGAUUUCUAUUCAACAAUUAUUCUUUAACUUUGACCAUUAUCAGCGAUACGGAGGGUAAGCUAGCGGUUGAACAGAAGAGCCAUUUUGAGGCGUUGAUGAAAGCCUUCAGCCCAGAGCACAGCAGAUAA